GAUGAUCUAUUUCUCUGCCGGUAAUUACAGUGAUCAUUUGGCACUGGUUCGAGCAUACGAUGGGUGGAAAAAAUCCCAAAAAGAAUGGAGUGGUCAAGCAUUUUGCUGGAAGAACUAUCUUUCUCCUCAAACUCUUAAAGCCAUAGACUCUAUGAGGGAACAGUUCCUCUGUCUCCUCGAAACGCCUCUCUGGUAUGUAACAUUGAAGAGUGCAAUAAGCUAAGCUAUGACGAACAUCUUGUCCGCGCAAUCAUCUGUGCAGGCUUGUUCCCUGGAAUUUGCUCUGUUGUGAAUCUUGUGAAUAAAACUUCAUUCGAGACAAUGGAUGACAAGCAGGCGCGUCUGUGCUCUAACACUGUGAUUGGCUUGAUACCAUAGAUUCCGUAUCCUUGGCUAGUCUUUAACCAGAAAGUGAAAGUUAAUUCUGUUUCUUUCCGAGACUCCACCGGUGUAUCUGAUUCUGCACUUCUUUUGUUUGGAGACAAAAUCUCUCCCGGUUCAACUGUAAGUAUAGUUGUAUAUAAAUAUCUCUCUUAUUCUUCUAUCAUCUUUCACAUCGAAGUGUUUCUUUGUAGGAUGGUCAUCUAACAAUGCUGGGAGGUUUUCUCGAGUUUUUCAUGAGACCUUCUCUGGCAAAUACUUACCUUGCGUUGAAAACUGAGCUCGACCAACUUAUUCAGACUAAGCUUGAGCAUCCAAGACUAGAGAACAAGCUCUACGAAAAUCUCAUAUCAGCGAUAAGGUUACUUGUUUCUAAAGACGAAUGCGAGGGCCGGUUUGUCCCCAACCAUCAAGUUCUAAGCGAAUACACUCAGGCAUACAAUGGUGAGGAAAACUCCAAGAGCCAGCUUCGAAGAUUGAUAAACCGGGCUGGAUACAAAACACCUGUUUACAAUUCAACAAUGGUGGAGAUUGGUGAGCAGCGGUUCGUAGCUAAGGUCGGUUUUGGCGAGUUGGAGUUUGAAGGAAAGCCAUGUGAGACUGAGAAAGAUGCAGAGGAAGAUGCAGCUCACGAGGCUUUGAUGUGGUUACAACGAGAGGCUAAAAUGAGUGUGAAGUUUCUCCUAUAAGCUAUAACAGUCCAAUUUGUGGAAGAAAAAGAAGAGAACCGAUAGAUUUGCUAUCCCGCUUCUCAAUGGGCCUGGUAUGGGCUUCUCCCAGACAAUUGGGCUUUAUGGCACAUCAGACAAUUCUCUCGGCAGUGGAGCGAGUGUGGACAUCGUAACUUAUGCCCUAAGAAAUAAAUUUGUAUAGAGGCUGUUGUGUUGUAUCUUUGUCUUAUACAUGAAAAAAUCUUGGAGCUCAUAAUGUUGA